ACGAAAAACGUCUGUAUUUAAUCAGUGCUUUGACUGGCUUGUCGCUCAACAGAAGGCAAUAGCGUUCCAUAUCUAGCCUCUAGUAAAUGGUUGUACGGAGAAUACUAUGAAGAGUUUCAAGAUGGCGUGUGCUAUGUGUUGUUGUGGCGAUCGAGUCCGAUUUGACGAUCAAAAAUACGUUUCACUGGAGUUCCUAUUAGAAAAAUACGACAUGUUGACAAUUGGCCAUACUGAGCGGCAAGAGUUAAGAAGCGAGUUGGAACGACACUCAAGCAAGUAUGAGGUUGAGGCAGGCGAGGAGGAUGUUCUCGCGGCGUUCAGGCUGCUGAGGAAGGGUGUGUGUCGACCAGACUUCCCUGGACAGUACACGACACAAUACUACACCGUCAUGGACGUUCUGGACAACCUGAUGACCUUGUCCAAAAUUUUGAAGGAUUCCGGGAAAAUAACUUCUUUGUCCCGCAUCCACGACUUCUGCUUCGACUUCCUCCACGACCUGAUCCAGCAGGGUCCGGGAACGACACACAUGCAGCUGUGGAAGAAAAUGCUUAGCGACAGUGACUUCGGUUUCAAAGUCUACUACCAUAGCCUCACGGGAUCCAAGCUGAAGAAACACAUCCUGUUCCUGAAGAGGGAAUACAGAAGUCAGGAACAAUGGACAGGCUGGGACGGCUUUAAAUCCACUUUCGAUGCUUGUAUGAAGCAACUCAUUGACAAAACGAAUCUGGGCGGGAGAGCGUUCGCGGAGGCCCAGGCUGAGUUCAUAGAGCUGUACCUCCACGCCCAUCUCGGGUUUACCUCCCGGGAGAAGGAAGUCAGGGAGGUCCAUGAUCAUCUGGCAAUGCUCAUCUUUAACAACUACGACUACAAGAACGUAUAUGUGGGUUUAAAGGACCCCGGACACCUUACACACCUCUUGAAACAGAUUGAGGACAUCAUUUGUCAAACGAAUCUGACAACUGAAGACUGUGAAGCCGUCGUUAAGAGGCUGCACGAUGUUGUGAAGAUGUUGCUGACAGUUAUAAAGGAUGGCCACAUUUACCACAAGGUGUACGGGGACAUCCUGGAUUUCGUGGCUGUGAUCUGUGACACCAAGGCAGGAAGUCCAAUCCACUCCAUUGUAGAAGCAGUGGGGAGUUUCUACAACAACAUCAAUUCCUUACAGGGCAACUCUGAGAUGUUCACUGUGAUGACGACGAAGCUGAUCGACUUUCUGACCAACCUGGAUGACCACACCCUGAUGAGAGUCCAUUAUGUGGAUUAUGCCAUCUAUCCAGUCCUUAGCAAAGCCAUGGACAAGACACUGCCUCCUGCACAUUGCCGGUUAACUAUAGACCUGAUCAAGGCGUGUAUACGAAUAUAUCAACCAAGAACAAUCGAAGCAGCUAAGAUGAUGAUGUAUGAAUCGCAAGACAAGAUGCAAUGGAAGGAUCACUUGAAGGAUGCGUGUGACCUGUUUGACCUCCUGACACAAGUCCAAGUGAAUGGGGAUGAUAAGCAGACAACGGAGUAUUGCAGUAACUUCAGCAAUCUCACGGCCCAUUUCGGGUAUUUGUUGGAACGGGAGGAGGUUCUGCCUAAAAUGAUUGAAAAAAUUGUGGAUUUUUCAUUGACACUACUUGAGAAGAGGGAGCCGAAAUUAUUCAAAGCAGCACGGGAGGCAGCACACCGAAUCGGAUUUAAAGGGAGGUAUCACAAAGGCGUAAUCAUAUCGACCCUGGCACGCGUACUCCCACUGCUUGAAGACCCCAGGUUCGACUGGACUGAUGAAGAUGCCUGCAAAACCGUGGAAGUCCUUGCUGGUGUCGGGAUGCGCACUUUAACAUCCAAGACGCCGGAUGAGAAAGAGUUCAAUAUCCUGACCAAGUUCUUCCGAGCAGUGUUGAAAGAUGGUUUGGUUGGCGAAGAUCCUAAAAAGAAAGUUUCAAUGCGCUAUCGUCUUUUCCAUGAGCAGGGAUCAACGUUCAUCCAACUUUUGGACAACCCUGGGAAAAUACAGAGAGGUUUGUCUGUGGUGAGAUGUGUGAUCAGUUUGACCUCUCACCAGAACCCCAAGAUCGCAGAAAAGGCAACGUGGCAGGUCCACACUCUAGUGGGCGCAGGGGCCAAGGUCAUGGCACAAUUCUUCCAACAAAUCUUAACAGCCUUCAUUAACACAGAACAUUAUUUCUUAAUUGUUCCCCUCUGCACACUCUAUUGCCAUAAUCCAGACCUUCUUGAGUCACAGUUUGAAGCCGUGUUCACGUUGAUUGACUUCAACUGUCGACACAACAUAUUACAGUGGUUGGUCAAAAUAGCCAAGAAACAGCCAUUUCUGUUCACGGAGAAGCACUUAGCAAGACUGAUUGAUGAGAUGUUGCAAGACGAUGACAGACAGCAGGUUUUGUAUUUGGACAUCAUGGAUGGUCUGUCUUCCGCGGUGCCAGGCAAAUUCAUUCCCCACAUGAAAAGACUGAUUGACAUGGAACCAAGCAGCGAGUUUGCAGGCAACUACACACGACUCCAGGUCUUAACGAAUGUGGCCGUCAGCAGCAAAGAUGAGGCCGAGUGUGAGAGAGUGAUGGCAUUUCUAGAGAAGAAGAUUCGAGGCCCCGAAGAAGAAUGCAUGACAGUUAGUUAUCUUAUAAAGAUGAGUGAUGUUGGCGAUAUACAUCGACAUGUCCUUGAGAGCCGUAAGCCUGCCCUAGAGGACUUGAGGGAGAGAUCUACUGUUGCGACAACAAAGGGUCACUGCACCCAUAUUAUUAAUGUUUUGGAGGGAAAAGUUCAAAACCUGGCACUUGAGAUCAUGGAGGUGAAGGAAGAUGUGGAAAAACUGGACGUACGAGUGACGAAGACUGAGGAGGGUCUGGUGCAGGUCAACCAGGAACUGGGGCAACAGAAGGCGACACUGGACGAGGUCAAUCAUAAUGUAAAAGAACAGGUGGAGAAGAUGGGUCAACUGGAGGAGACGGUGGAUGACACCAAGGCUAAAGUGGAGGAACUCGAUGAAAAGACAUUGAGUCAUGCUCCUUUCUGGUCAAGAGACGUGACCAGACUACUCAAUCCUGAAAGCUUUCUGGAUUGGACACAUCUUUCAAGUCGCCUUGGCUACACCAAUGAUGACAUCAGGAGCUGGGCUCAGAUGCACGACCCAUGUAUGGCCAUGCUUAAUGAAUGGUACGCCACUCGGAAGACGAGGGAAGCCACAUAUGCUGUCCUGACAGCACUGCAAGAGAUAGACAGAAUGGAUGCUGCUGUGAUCGUGGAGAAUGCAAUGAAAAUGACAGAAGCUGUAGUUAAAGACGAAGAGUUUGAGUACCAGGAACCUCCAGAGGUGUUUAUCAGCUACCAGUGGGGAAUCCAGAACGAGGUGAAGCUUCUGAAGCUGCACCUGGAGAAGGCGGGCUUCAUGUGCUGGAUGGACAUUGGUCAGAUGGGAGGCGGAGACAAGCUGUUCGAGAAGAUUGACAAGGGAAUCAGGGCAGCCAAGAUCAUCAUCUGUUGUGUCACUGAGAAAUACACAAAGUCUCCCAAUGGCAUUAGAGAGGUGAACCUCUCGGUAAGCCUGGGUAAGCCCAUCAUCCCUCUGUUGAUGGAGAAACUGUCAUGGCCACCACCAGGCUCAAUGGGGCCAAUCUUCAGUGAGUAUCUGUUCAUCCGAUUCUUCACCCGGCCUGGGGAGGAGACUGGUGACGUCAGGUACUGGUCAGCAGCCAAGUUCCAGGAACUCCUGAUGCAGGUCAACUGCAUCAACGUCAAGCGGGAUGAAAAGAAGGUGGGAAAAGAAUACAAGCACUGGUGGUGUCCUGUGGCUGAAGUCAUCAAGAUAGAAAAGAAGGACGUGAAGGCGAUGACGACCUCCAGUCAGAAGAAGCAGCGGGAGGUGGAGCGGGAAGCAGCCUCUCCUGAUAUAUUCAUCUCCUACCAGUGGCGAAAACAGAAGCAGAUUCAACUCAUGUACAAGCGCCUGACUGAGAUGGGCUUCACUGUCUGGAUGGACAUUUACCAAAUGGGAGGUGGGGACUCCCUCUAUGACAAAAUUGACAAGGGCAUGCGAGGGGCAAAGGUCGUUCUCUCAUGUGUCACUUCGAAGUAUUCUCUGUCUGCCAACUGCAGGAGGGAAGUCAGUCUCGCUGAUGCCCUCAAGAAACCAAUAGUGCCUCUGUUGCUGGAGAAGAUGACAUGGCCGCCAUCUGGUCCGAUGAGCAUGGUCUUCACUCAACUUUUGUACAUAAACUUUACAAAGGAUAAAUCCGUUCAGGAUCGUUGGAGUGGAAAGAAGUUCGAUGAAUUAUUAAUUAAAUUGAAUCAAUACGUGCCUGAUAUUAUACUUUUCGGUAAGGAGGACGAAGAGACAGAAGUGAAUGCUUCUCCAAAUCCAGAAGAAACUCCAGCAGUCGGCGACACACUGGACACAACACCUCAGUCACAAGACAACACCACGGCCGUGGCUGAACAGAUGCCAGAUGUCUCUGAUUGAACCUCCUUGACAACCACCGCCAUAACAGCAUAAACCUCUGCAGAACCCCAAACUUACUCGACCUUCUCAAGGACAUUAAACAAUUGCUCAAGGGAGACAAGAGCCCCACCAGUUGUUUUCAUGUAUAAUUUUGUAGUUUAUUUUGAAGUUGUUCAUACCAGACCUGUGAUGUUUUUAUUCUUGUGAUAUGUCUAUCCAUUGUUUGUUGUCCUCAUUCAGUGGCGAGUGAAGUCAGACAUGACCGACGAUGUCCUACAUCCCCCAUCGGCUCCCGUUAGCCCUCAUUCAAGUUGUGACCAGGAAGUCAGUCUCUCUUGUGAUACGAGUGACGUUCAAUAAGUUUUGCAACUUGGGCAUUUGUGUUUACACAAACAAUGUCAACUUGUGACAGGUGUGACACUAGUCAAAACAUCAGGUUGACACGUGUCAUAACAAGUUCCAGACACAACAAUAACUUUGAUUUGAUGGUUCAUUCACCUAAGAGUGGUCACAAUCAUGGAUUCUCUCAAACACGAACAACGCGCUAUAAUACAGUUCCUUACUAAGGAGGGAUGCAAAGCAAAAGAAAUCCAUGAUCGCAUGUGUAAAGUGAUGGGUAAGGAAGGAUGCUCCUGAAUAUUCCACUGUUUGCCGUUGGUCUCUACAGUUUAAAAGGGGUUGGGAGUCCAUAGACGAUGACCCAAGGUCAGGCAGUCCUUCAGAUGCCACCCAACCGGAAAUUAUUGCUGCUAUAAAAAGAAGAAUUUUGUCUGACCGACGAGUGAAAGUAUCUGAACUUUCUAGGGAAUUCCAAAUAUCAGUUGGAACUGUUGUAACUAUUAUCCAUGAGCAUCUUGGUAUGUCCAAGGUAUCUGCAAGAUGGGUACCUAGAAACCUCAGAGCUCAAGAUCGCCAUCAGAGAACUGAAAGUUGUCGAGAUCUCCUGGAUCUCUAUACUGCUGAUGAAGCCGGAUUUUUCUCGUCUAGUGACAGGUGAUGAAACAUGGAUCCACCACUGGGACAAAUAAAAUAAAGUAGAAUCAUUGCAAUGACUGCGUUUCAUUGCAUAUGUACACUAUACGACAACUUAAAUCUAAGAUAUUACUGUUUUACUUGUCGUAAGAGGCGACUAACGAUGUCGGGCUGUCAGGUUGACUGAUUUGAUUGAUGCCUGUCAUCGUAUCCCAUUUGCGUUAAUCGAUGCUCAUGACAUCAAUCACUGUUUUGUCUGACCGUCAUUACGGUUUAAUUUUGCGGAGUCCGGCGGUAAACAAGAAAAAUGCAUUUUUCCACUCACUCACUUACUGCAAGAAUGAGAAAUCCUCGCGUGUUGCCUAAUAUCAAUGAUUCAUGUUGAUAGGCUAUAUGAAUGAGGCAAUAACGUUUUUUUAGUUUUUGUUUAUGAAAUGGAAAUGACUAUACCCCUGUUACUGCUGAGAACUACUUUUAUAAGACACCGGCAACAAAUAAAAUUAUGAGGUUUUUUUCUUGUGGUUAAAGAUUAAAUAUAUUUUGG